AUGAUUGGCCGGAAUGCGAAGGAAAGACUGGCGUCACGUGGGGAGAACACCAGAAAACAGAAGAUCAAGGAGGCUACGAGCAUCCUGUUUCAAAGAAACCCGAUGAAGUGGAGAUUGGAAGUGGGAGGAGUCGGCGACAUGGAAAUUCAGCGAGGACAGAGUAGGGAAGACAAUUGGACCAAAGACAUGCAUUCUGCAACAGGAAUAGAAAUCACCAAGAAGCGUAUGAUGAGAGCAAGGAAGGAAAGUCAAGAAACGGCGAUUGCAAUGAAAGCAGUCAAAGAUAGGAUCAGCUUGAAAAGUUUCCAGUGUGGGUCCACCUGUGGGAUGUGGGAUGUGAAAUUAAAGGCCAGAAACAUGCAAAUUGUACAUCGUUAG